AUGGACGAAGAGGCAGAAAUUGCUCAUUCAAUUGCUAUACCAGAACUAACCCAGAGUCCCCAAGCUAAUCACACAUCAUCAGCGACAGCGAACGAGAAUACUGAUACGAAUACGAUAAUUAACAACCCCAAUGCUGGAACGGUUGUCACUCGUAUUGAGGACAUUCUUGCGCAAAUCAUCAGCGCUUUAGCUGCGGGACAUGAGUUAUCAAUACCAUUUUCUGCACGAAGGUCAACACGUCGCGCCGCAAAUGCACAGCCAGAACAGGUUCACUUCCCUGGUCGUAACCAACAGGAAGCAGUCAAGUUUGCGCGCAUACUUCUCAUUCUUCAGCUAUCACAUGAUGCUCUUGUGUCUGGCACCGUUCUGACCAAGCGCCACAUAUUUUACCAACACCAGCAUCUCUUUGAGAAGCAAGGCCAAGUGGAUGACCUCGUUGAUGACAUUGCUUUCAAUCUUGGUAUCAGUCGUGGGGACUUGAAUAUUGUUGCAGCAUCAAAGGGUGCCCUGGCUGGACCGUUGCUAAUACGCUUCCACGAUGGGAGUACAUUGAACCCUUGUUCGGGAGAUCUGGGAGUUGCUAUCCCGACUGUUCAGUCAAUCUCAAGCAUUGAUGUUCAAAACAUCAAAUGGAUUCUUGUUGUUGAGAAAGAUGCCGUUUUUCGAUCGCUCUGCUCGUCCCAAUUUUGGAGAAACUGCAUCUUUGGUCCUGGAGUGCUUGUCACAGCCAAAGGAUAUCCUGAUUUGACCACGCGUUCGUUCCUGAACUUUGUUCAUACACAGUACCCCCAACUGCCGCUCCUGGGGCUAUUUGACUACGAUCCGGACGGCGUCAAGAUCUUGCGAUGCUACCGAUACGGAUCCGAAAGACUGAGCCAUGAAGCUGAUCUCGGUAUAGAAGCAUUGCGGUGGCUCGGUAUCAGAUCAGUGCAUCUCUCCCGAGGUCAUACUGAUACCUCACUCAGUAACUACGGACAACCAAGCCAUGUGUCUAUCACGUCAAUCCAGUGCCGUAAUCCCGUCACCUAUUUGAAUGGCAGAGAGCGGGCUGUAGCUAUCUCAACAUUCAAGAAGAUCAGCCUGCGCUCUCAAAAUGAGCUUGAAGGCUCAGAAUUACGACUCGAGUUGCAACUGAUGACAAUGCUCGGAGUCAAGACAGAAAUUGAAUGGCUGGAUGAAUCUGGAGACUUGUGUUCAUGGCUUGAUGGCGAAAUUGGGGAAGCACUCAUUAGUGAGAGAAUUUGA